UAUAAAUAGGUUGGGUGAACUGGGUCAAACUGACUUGAUACCUCUUCUGGGCCUGUCCUGCGCUUGACGUAGGGGCACACCAAGCUGAAAGUAAAGCACUGGGCUUUUUUUCAUGUCUGUAAGCAGCCUUAUAGGAGAAGGGCCUUGUAGGUAACAGUUGUAAGGUAACACUUGCUCUCUGCAAUCUAGGAGGUCACAUUUUAUGGCUUCUGUUGUAUCCCUCCUUUCCUUUCCCAAGCUCUAUCCUUUUGGGGCACAGUUUCCUUGUGCCCCUACCCUCACUCCCCCCAUGCCCAUUAGGGGACCAAGAUAGCCCCAAUAAAGUCCUCCAACACCUUAAUCUUUCUCUUCUUGCUGCAAGGUCAACACAUUCCACCUGCUGGGACCUGGCAAAGCCAAGAUGGGGUGGGGUAGCAUCAGAGGGCAUUCAUCAGUGCCAGCUGACACCUGUUUGAUCUGCAGAUAAUUGUAGAGCUGUUUGAAGCCACAACUGUGCCAAGCAGAUGCCAAGCUCUCUGUGACCUCCAUUUCUUUCUUUUAGGUUUCUAACCCCCCUCAUCCUCCAAAAUCAAUGGGGUCCUGGCCAGGGAGACCUUGAACAUAGCUUGAAAUUGCAGAGUGGAUCGGCUUUGGUGUUAAACAUGGGCAGCCCUACACUUAGACAGCCAUGCAUGGCAGUGCUAUCAAACUUAGGGGAAGGGCUGGCAUGCACCUGGCCCAUAGGCUCUGCCCUGGCUUGUGCGUAGCCUGGCUGUGAGGCAGGAGGGAAGCUGAGGCUUUGCUAAUAAAUUUCAUCCUGUCUGAAACCCCCUGAACUGGCAGCUUCCUCCCCAGCAAGUGAUCCAGUGCAGAUCCCCUGCCCCAAGUCUCUAGAGUGCUCUUCACCCAGAAUGGAUCCGUUUCCAGAUAGCUGGUUCCCCCACUCUCAAGCUUCAGAUCCCCUUGGGUUGCUUGCAGUCCCCACGCUGCCUAGUUGGUGUGGCUGGAAUCCCUCCUCCAUCCCUGCUUGGGUUCUGCACCCCACCCCUCCCAGGUCCUCUAUUGCUGGGAUUCCUGCUCUGUCGCUGUCCCAGCCUCAGCCUGUGCUCCCCGCCCUGCAUCCCAGGACGCCUCCGCCCUGCAUCCAGGUAAGAGGCAGGCCACAAAACCAGGCAGUAUAAAACACCAGAGCUGCUAGCUGAGAGCUGCACCGCCCAGUCUGUCCCAGCAGAGGAAAGGUUGGGUCUCUGAGGGGCCACUGCUGUCCCAUUGAAGCUUCCAGGAUGGCUCGUGGUGAUCAUGGGGGGUCACCCCUUCACUUGGCUCCUAUACUCCUCUUGCUUUUGUGUCUCCAUUUGCCAGGUACUGUAUCCAGAGGUGACCAGGGGAUGGAUGGGGAGCAACUGGAACCACUGCCCUCAGGAGUGGAUGCUGGCAUGGAGCCCAAAGGGUUCUUGACGCCCCAGAUCCGACGGGGCCGGGUAAGACCACCUUGGUCCUAUGGAAGACCACCUGGAAAUGAGUAUGAAAGACCUGAUGGUGGACAAUUUGGGUCAUAUGGAGGACCCUUUGGACCAUAUGGAGGAGACAGCUCUUCUGGAAUACCUGGUAGACUGCAUGGAGGAAGCACAUAUGGGUCAUCUGGAGGUUCUAGUUCUGGAUCAUAUGGAAGUGGUGGGGUUAGACCUAUGGUAUAUGGAAGCUCCUGCUCUGAAACAUUUAGAGAAGAUGGGUCUGAGCCAUCUGGAAGUUCCUGCCCUGGGUCAGGAGGAAGUGGGCUUGGAGGGCAGGGAGCUUCAAGUUAUGGAUCAUCUGCAGAGGGCAGGCCUAAACUACCUGGAAAAUCCUGCCCUGAAUCACUUGCAAAUGGUGGGUCUGGAUCAUCCAGGCGCCCCUGCUCCCGACCUCCUAGAGGAGCUAGAAUUGAAUUAAUUGGACAAGGUAGGCCUAAUAUGUACCCAGGUUCCAGUUCUGGACCAUCUGAGGGAUACAUCUCUGGAUCUUAUGAUGGAGGCAGGUCUGAAUCAUAUCUUGGAGGUAGUUCCAGAUCAGCUUGGGGAGGCAGGAGGAACCAGCCAGGAUCAUUUGGGGCAGCUGGAUCUGGAUCAUAUGGAAAUGCUGAGUGGGGUGACUCUGCAGGCAGCUUCUCAGGGUACAGGGACUCCAGUUCCUCUGGGCAUAUCCGGCUACAGGCUAAGCCCUCAGGCAUCCCCUACAUACUGGGUAUCAGUGGCCUGGGCCGACGCACAGCGUUCAUUCCAGUUCACAAGGAUCCAGAGAACUCUGGCAUGGGCAGUCCUUCUGGGUCAGAUGGGUCAGUCCUUCUACGCCCACAUGACAAGGAUCCUGAUGUCCCCUCUGUGGCACCCCUCUCUGAGCGCCUGAACCUUGGCAACACUGACUACCACUCUCCGGGGAAUGCUGCUGAUGCUGCUGAUAAAGAGGGAGCAGGGAUGGGCAGUGGAGAUGUUGCCACCUCUGGGAGCGACUUCUCUGAUCCUACUGUGCAUGGUGAUGCUUAGACCCUGGACCAGGAAAGGGAAGUAGGGUGGCCUAGGAGCUAUAGGAUACUUGGGUGUUUUGCUUUGGUCCUGGAGUGAGGUCUAGCUAUCAGUUAGGAAAUGGAAGCCAGGACUCCUGGGUCCUCUACCUUAUUCUGGGAGUUGGUUCUAGCUCUUUGAUUUAGGAAAUAGGAUCCAGGACACCUGGGUUCUUUUCCCAAUUUUGCUGUCAUUUUGUUGCGGGCCCCUUGACUGCUCUGUGCCUCAAUUUCCCCACAUAUUCAGAGGGGUUUUUUGCUGGGCUCGUUGCUGUGGUUGAAACCCUUGCUGUGUACAUGGUCAGUCCCUUGCAUUGCUGUGUUCAUUAUAGCCUUCAUUGCUAUCAAGCCAGCAGCCAAAGGAUGCGUCUCCACCCAACCUACCCUUUGGGGCCCUUGUAUUGCUGGGAGGGGUUGGGGAGAGGGUGGCUGUUUACUUCUGCUUCUUGUUUCUGUGGCACAAAAUGUUUUCAAUAAAAUCCUUGCAUUGGACAA